AUGGUGCUUAAUGGGAGAUGGAAGGUGGCGGCGCUAACUUCCGACGACUCCCUGGAGGGCGCUGGAGCCGGCGACGGUCCGGACCCACAGCAAGACGACCCGGAGGCAUCCGACCAGCAGUUCUUCCCGUCGUUCGCGCCGCUCUUCCAGCCGCUGGGACACUCCAGGCCGCAGCUGCUCUUCCAGGAGCCGGCGCACAGCCAGCGGCCGUCGUCGCUGCUGCGGCCGCAGCACAACAGCUUCCUGGGCUACCACCCGCACGCGCACGCCCACCACCAGCAGCAGCAGCCGCCGACCGCGUUCGGCGCGGGUUACCUGCGCGCCACGGCCACCGGGCCCGCCUCUGGCCCCGGUCCCGGGCCUGGCGUCGGCGUAGGGGCCGGACCCACGGCGGCGGCAGCGGGCGCGGCGCCCGCCUCCAACCUGCUCGGCUCCGGAAACUUCGGCGUCAUCCGCGGCGGCACCUUCUACAACAACGAUGAUGACCGCGGAGUGUUCGGUGGUGGUGGCAGUGGGGACGUGGGCCUCCUGGGCAGUUCCUACUACAGCAACGGUCACGGCCGGCCCUCUUACUACAACCCACGCCCCCAGCCACACCACCACGACUUCUUUGCCAACUUCCGUGACUUUGCAGACAUCAACACCCCCACCAAGUCAUCCUACUCGCAGUACGUUGUCGUCUACGCCAACAAGAACGCGACAGGAGCAGCUUCCGCAGGCCGGCCCAAGAAUAUCAUUGAGCAGCUGGCGCUGCUGGACAGUGAGCCAGCGUCCACACCUACAUCGGCGUCCUCUGCAGUGUCGGCACCCCAGAAAAGCAAGAAGAAGCCUCUAAAGCCAGCGAAGGGCAAGGGCACAGUCCAGCGGCACGCUGACAAGGAGGGUAAGCCGGGCCGCAAGAAGGCUCCGGCGGAAGCGCCCAGCUACCAGAAGGACACCUAUGAGCCUCUACUCGCACUCAGCUGAGUACCCACUCUGACGGCACCGUCACAACUGCCACAGUGUCCACUGCACGUAGUGGGCAGUCGCCGUCACACGUCCGGUGGACAAAUUUUCCUCCAGGUGCAGGCAAUGUUACAGUGGACAAUUUACUUGCAUGAACGGUGCUCUGUCUUGCCAGACUUGAGUUUGACAACCGUUGUACCUGAAACACACUGUACAGAGUGUGCAAGUCAUAAUGCCAUAAAUUCAUUAUGCUGAAGACUCAAAUUAAUAAAGAUGUAGGCACAUAACCCUCUCACACAACUGAUACAGAUCAAAAGUUUUCCAACAACUGUGCAGUUUCAAUAUGGGCCUCCUUAAUGGCACAUAGAAAAGCCUGUCUGCAGCCCUGCUCAGUUUUUCCCUCAGCCUGUGCUAACAAUCCUAAAGUGAUGGUACAGAUGUUGUCAACUAUUUGAAACUUGGUUCACAUCUUCAAUGCCGUGAGCUUUACUGGAAAAAACACAUACCCUAGUGUAGCCUAAAAGAAGGUACUCUGAGACAUUACACUUCAGGAACGUGUUGGCUGCAGUAUA